AUGUCCUCCUUCAUGCAGCGCGCCCGCGAUCGCGCGCAGGAGGCCGCGGCCCGCGCACAGAGCCUGGCGCAGGACGGCGCAGCCCGCCUCAAUGCCAGCACUGGCGGCGGCAGCAGCAGCGGCAGCACGGCCGGCGGCGGCAAGGCGCCCGGCUCUCCCGGCGGCACUCCAGCAGGCGUCUCGGGCUACUCCGGCUCUCUGCCGCACGUCCUCCGCCAAGGGCUGGCGCAGUACUACCCGCGCUCCGACUCCGACUCGCGCGCCAACUACAUCCUCAAGAACGCACUCAAGGGCAUGAUCCUCGACCACGCCGCCACGGCACGCGAGACCAAGACGGCCGCGCACGCCACGUACAGCUGGGGCGUGGAGCAGGAUCCGAAGAAGAGCGAGGAGGGCCAGGGCGAUGCCGCGCUUGUUGAUGUCGCCGAUCGGCUGGCGUUUAUGCUCCAGACCAUCUCCGACCUCGAGCAAGCGCACGUCGGCCGUGCCGAAAACGCACGCGCGACGUUCAAGCGCAUUGCCAAGGCCGAGCGCGAACUGGCACCCAAGCGCGAACGCCGCGCCAAGCUGCGCAAAGAGCUGCACACCCUCAUGCCGGAGCAGGCAAAGGGCAACACGGAGCGCAUUGCGCCGCUCCAGCAGCGCCUCAAGGAGUGGCAGGAGGAUGACCGCGAGGAGGAGGAGGAGCUUGGUCGGCUGAAGCGCGAAUGCCUUCGCGACAGCUACGAGGCGCACUUUGACUCACUCAUCGAGCUUGGAGAGAAGCUUGCCAUCGUUGCGCGCCACGGCAAGCUCCUCACGCAUCAGAUUCCCGUCGGCACUCCUGUCUAUCCCGCUCCUCGCAACGAGACCUCAUGGGCGGGUGCUUCUCGCACCGCCGCCAUCCGUGCCGCGCUGCCGCCGGCACUGGCGGGCUACCAGCCGGGCACGCAACUGCCGGAGCUGGCGGUCGAGGACCUGGCCAGCGGCACAUCGGGCGCUUCGUCGCUCCACUCUGCGGACACGAUCAGCUACGGCGAAAGCCACGCGGAGGAACUCUCGCUCUUCAACCAGGGCACGGAGCUGCAUGACGACGACGACGGCGCGAGUGCACACCACGGUGGCAGCGCUGCCAUGCUCGGCGCGGCUGGCACUGGCGGUGCCGCGGCGUACGCACACAGCAGCAGCGCCUCGACGCACAGCGAUGCUCAUGCUGCGCUGGCGCCUAGCAGCCUUGGCGGCGGACCCACGUCUCCGAGCCUGCUCGACAACAUCAACAACGGCCCCGCCGAGCUUCCUCCUUCUCCCUCCGCCGGACACGGCGCAGCACAGCGGCACCGCGUGCCUCCCCUGCCUUCGCCCUCUGCCGGCGGCGGCAGCAGCUCGAGCGGCGGCAUGAUGCCGCCGCCGCCGCAGCACGAGACGGAUGUGCGUGGUGAUCUCGCGGAUGGCCCGAGCGUGGCCGAGACUGGCAAGCCGAUCGUGGGACCUGGCGGACCCUCAAGCGGCACGCUUCAGCCUCGGGUUCCUCGUCGCUCGAGCGCCGCCUCGAGCGGAGCGGCCAUCAAUCCCUUCGGCGACGCCGCCUCCGCUCCUCUCGCCGGCGGCGCCGGAUCGUCGACCAUCGCGGAUGCGCAUGCGCGCAAGGAAGCAGAGGCGGCGAGGGAGCGCAAAGAGGCGGAGGCGCAGCGCGAGAGGGACCAGGUGGCGGCUCAGGCUGUGCAGGCGCGCAUCCGCAGGGACGGCACGGUGGUGCGCCGUGGCGAGCAGGGCUACGAAGAGGCGGAGGAGGAGGGACUGCCUGCGUACCAUGUGUAG